UGAGCUCGCGUCCUGCCGCAGUCUCUCGGCCGCUAGUCCGGGCGAACGCGAGCGCGGAGACCCCCGCGGGUCGGUCAGCGCUGGCGGCUACCGCCGCGGCUCCCACGCGCAAUCGCCGCCCCGCGCCUCGGCAACGCAAGCCGCAGGCUGGGCUGCGCAGCGUGGGAGGGCUUCGCGGUCCCGGGGGACCGAUUCCGAACUUGCAGGGGACCGCGGCUCUCCCGGGCCUGCAGAGUGUGAACAGGAUUGCAGAUUUACAAUGAUAUGGUGAAUCCAAAGGCUGGAACCAACAAGAUUUUCUCAGCUCUUCAGUGUGCACGACAGUGAAUUAUCUACCAACACCCAGCAUGGCUAAAAGUGCAGAGGUCAAACUGGCAAUAUUUGGGAGAGCAGGUGUGGGCAAGUCAGCUCUUGUAGUGAGAUUCCUGACCAAACGGUUCAUCUGGGAAUAUGAUCCCACUCUUGAAUCAACUUACCGACACCAAGCAACCAUUGAUGAUGAAGUUGUCACCAUGGAGAUACUAGAUACUGCUGGUCAGGAAGAUACCAUUCAGAGGGAAGGACACAUGCGAUGGGGGGAAGGCUUUGUGCUGGUCUAUGACAUUACUGACCGAGGAAGUUUUGAAGAAGUGCUGCCACUUAAGAACAUCCUGGAUGAGAUCAAAAAGCCCAAGAAUGUGACUCUCAUCUUGGUUGGAAACAAAGCUGACUUGGACCACUCCAGACAGAUCAAAAUGACUGAAAAGGACCCAGAAACACACCUGGAAGAGGAUGUCGAUGAGCUGGACAGCAAGCUCAAUUACAAGCCUCCACCCCAGAAGUCCCUGAAAGAGCUACAGGAGAUGGACAAAGAUGACGAAAGUCUGAUCAAGUACAAGAAAACACUCCUGGGGGACGGCCCUGUGGUGGCAGACCCGACAGCCCCCAAUGUCACGGUUACCCGGCUUACCCUGGUGUGUGAGAGUGCCCCAGGACCAAUCACCAUGGACCUCACUGGAGAUCUUGAAGCCCUGAAAAAAGAAACUUUCGUGCUAAAGGAAGGUGUUGAAUACAGAGUCAAAAUUCACUUCAAAGUGAACAGGGAUAUUGUGUCGGGCCUGAAAUACGUUCAGCAUACCUACCGGACUGGGGUGAAAGUGGACAAAGCAACGUUUAUGGUUGGCAGCUAUGGACCUCGGCCAGAGGAGUAUGAGUUCCUGACUCCAACUGAGGAGGCUCCCAAGGGCAUGCUGGCCCGAGGCACUUACCACAACAAGUCCUUCUUCACCGACGAUGACAAGCACGACCACCUUACCUGGGAGUGGAACCUGUCCAUUAAGAAGGAGUGGACAGAAUGAGUGCAUCUGCCCAUCCCUUUCCCUACCUUGCCACCCAGAAGUACCCUCUCAGUCAUGUUCACCACCUUGUCCCUCCUCCAUGUUCACAGCUGGAUCCCUUCCCCAAUGCUCCCCACAUUCUGUUAUCCACACAUCUUAUCCCACAAUGUCUCUCAAAGUGUUCCCUAAGCACGACAUGCUUAAAACCCAGGCUUUAAUCCAGCGCAUUUCUUCUGGUCCCCUAUCAUGGCCAGAACUUCAAAAUUCUUCAUUUCAAUACCCAGUCAUUUAAUGUUUCCUUCUAUGUUCCCCAUUUGAGCAACUAGAGGCCAGGAAAUUGGCAAACCACCACCAACAGUCCUUUUGCCUUGGGUUCCAGUAGCUCAUUCCCAUCCCUGGAUUCUUCUGUGGUUGCUGCUGGCUCAGUGAAGGUUCCUAAUCACAUUCCCUACCAGUUGAGGUUCUUCUUUUCUGGGAGACUGUAAACAGCACAAGAGAGUAAAUAAAACAAUUAAAUGAUCCAACUGA